UAGACCUGCAGCGCUCACAUCAGCUAGGCGCUCACACUUAGUUUUUUAACGUCAAGAUCAAGUAAAACAAAAGAUGACGCUGAGUUAAAAAAAAACCUGGAGGAGAUGAGACAAACACUCCUGGCAGAUUCGGAGGAAAGACGAGGAAAGCGUUGUUGUGGAAACAGCAGCCAGGCAGCCUUUAACAGCUGACAGUGGCUCAAGAAAGAACAAGAGUGGACACGGACUGCCUGUUUUGUGAGACAGAACAUGAAUGGAGGGCUCAAAAAAGGGGUUUUCCAAAUGACUGAUAGAUCCUGAAUCUGCAGCAGCAUCUGAGAUAAGAAACUGGAUAAAUUUCUGUUGACUGAAAGCAUCUCAGGUCCGACCAGAAUGCCGGAACGAGUGAAUGACUUCCAGGGCCAGAGCUUUCACAAGCUGAGGCGGGCCUGCCUGCGCCGAGGCGCGCUGUUCAAGGAUCCUCUGUUCCCUGCCUCCAACCAAUCCCUCUUUUACAAGAGAGCACCUCCGCCAGACCUGACCUGGAAGAGGCCAUGGGAAGUAUGUAAAGAUCCUCGUCUGUUUGUGGAUGGCAUCAGCACUCGUGACCUGCACCAAGGCAGUCUGGGUAACUGCUGGAUGGUUGCAGCCAUUUCCUGUCUAGCAUCUGAGCCAUCGCUAUGGAAGAAGGUAAUUCCUGACCACAUGGAUCAGGAAUGGAACCCAAAGCGUCCUGACCUGUAUGCAGGAAUCUUCCAUUUCCGGUUCUGGCGUUUCGGUCGAUGGGUUGAUGUUGUGGUGGAUGACCGCCUGCCAGUCAGUGGGGAUGGAAUACUGCUCUUCUGCCGCUCUGCAACACCAAGAGAGUUUUGGAGCGCCCUGUUGGAGAAGGCUUACGCCAAACUUAAUGGAUGCUACGAGGCCUUGGAAGGAGGAAACACUGCAGAGGCCCUCAUCGACUUUACAGGCGGAGUUUCUGAACCUCUCGCCCUGGAUCAUGAAGCCCUUAGCCUACACAGUGACCAGAGGAAGGUGCUCUUCCAGACAUUAGCUAAGGUCCAUGAACGCAAAUCCCUCAUCACCUGCUCCAUACGGCCAGCUGAAGGGGAGACAGUGGAGUCGGUUUUGGACUGUGGGCUCGUGCGAGGACACGCCUACGGGAUCACAGCAGUGAGGAAGGUGAGGCUGGGAGAGAAGCUGUGGAAAACAAAUGGGGCGCCCCGACUCUUUAUGGUACGCAUGAGGAACCCAUGGGGGACCACAGAUUGGAGAGGAGCCUGGAGUCAGGGGUCAGAGCAGUGGCAACAACUGAGUCGAGCAGAAAGAGAGAAGAUGGGACUCGUUGUUCGUGAUGUUGGGGAGUUCUGGAUGGAUUUCCAGGACUUCUGUUGUUUCUUUACAGAUGUAAUGGUGUGCCGGCUGGUGGAGAGAACUCUGCUGUGGCCGAGCUUACACUGGAGAGAAGCUCAGUGCUUUGGGGAGUGGACUCUGGCUCCUGCUGCCUCAGAAGCACCUCCAUCCACGGUGCUCCACAGUAACACCACUCUGAAUCUGAAUAAAAACAACGUCAAGCCCAAAGGAGCCAAGCAACGAGGGAACCGCAAAGAAGCCCGACUUGGAAAGAGUCUGCAGGAAGGACAAAAGAGAGGGAUAUCCUCUGAUCAUGAUAAGAGUGGAAUGAACAUAGCAAAGGAAGAUGAAGGUGAAGAGGUGGAUGGAGUUUGGGAAGCACAGAUGGAUAGGAGGAGUCGAUGUGGGGGAUGUAUCAACCACAGGGACACCUUUCUGCACAAUCCACAGUUCAUGUUUGAAGUGCAAAACAAAGAGGAGGAGGUGCUGAUCUGCCUGCAGCAGGAGGACAGGAGGAUGUGGAGGAAAAACGGAGGAGGAGAAAACCUGCCUAUCGGCUUUGAGGUGCUGAAGGUGGAGGUGAACCGCCGUAGCCGGGUGCAGCGUGUGGUGGAACAGGCAGCUAGCUCCAUCUACAUGGACUCCCGUAGUGUGACGUGGAGGGGGACUCUGACUCCGGGUCGCUAUGUUGUGCUGCCCACCACCUUCCUACCAGGAACCACCGGACGCUUCUUACUUCGUCUCUUCUCCCACUCUCAUGUCAGAUUCUGGGAACUGCAGGAAGACCUGCCAUCUCCCUCUUUGUUCCAGUGUUUUCUACCUCAGCUCACAUUGGUGACCACAGUCCAUCUCCGCAGAGCAUCCGGACUCAGUCACCCCAAACAGACAGCUCCAGAUGUUUAUGCUGUGGUGCGAUGUGAGAACGACACCAUCAGAACGCAGGUGUUCAAGGAGGAACAAAAUCCUGAAUUCAACCUCAGAGCCAUCUUCUAUAGAAGAUACCCCAACACACACAUCUCUAUCGAGUUGUGGAGCAGAGGCCUGCUGUGGGACUCUCUGCUCGGAGGGGCUCGACUCCAGACGACAGAAUCUGAGAGGAGCAGAAGCCUGGCGAUCGAGCUGCAAGGCAGCCAGAAUCGCUCAGGAUUCAGAGGUCGCAUCUACAUCGAGACAUCCUCCAGCGUGUGCCUCACAGAUUUGUGACAUCGUCUGUCAGGUUACCCUGGUUACCGUUGUCCUCUCAGGUGGGCGCUGAUGGAAGAAACAGCUGCACAGGUGGAAAAACAAAACAACAUCAUGGAAAUGAAGUAAAACUGAGAUCAGCAGCUCAGACUGUGCUCCAAAACAUGAAUUCAAUUUCAGUUAAUAACAAAAGGCUCUGCGGUGAUCUGCUGGCCAGACAUACACACAGGCAUCCUUCCUUCAGAAGUAAAACCGCUGCUAGUUUUUGCCUGAUAUUAUAAUGUAUUUAGUAAGAUUUUGAUUGUUGUCGUUUUGUUUUGCCUUUUUUCUUUUUGUUAAAGAGUUG